UUAAAUUUCGAGUGUUAGUGAUAUCAACAGAUAAACGGUGAGAACUUAUAUAACUUAUUAUAUAUAUGCAAUACGUGAGUGAGAGAAGAGGACUGUCGCGUCAUCCGAGCAUUGUUGGUUGUGAAGAGUUGAGUAGCAAGCGAAGGGCGAAAGGUUAGGAAGAAGAUUUCGGAACGCAUUCAAAUUUCGAAGCGGUACACUGCACUGUGAGAAUUCGUAGGCGCGGCCGAAACCCAUGCGCCAGAGACCCAUCACUAAAAACGAUUUUUGAACUAUUUUCGCGAAUUCGUAAAGCUUAAUAGUGGAAUGGAUGUGCUGGAGGCGGCUAAGUCUGGUGCCAGAUGCUGGAAUAAAUUGAGCAGAUGCCCCAAACCAAAGACGGCCUGCCUCGAAAAGAAACCUGAAUGCGGCAAACGCAAGAGGUGCAGUAAGCCGGGCCCAGUCACGAACAAUGGCUAUAUGAACUUUAUACGAGCUUUUCGUAAAAAACACUGUGGCCUUCAGCCCAAAGAACUGAUAAUGAAUGCGGCGCGUGCUUGGUGCCGUCUCUCCGAGCAGAAGAAGUAUAGAUACAGACGCAUGGCGUGUAAAGUAAUCAAGAGCUGUCGUCACAAGCGCCGUAGAGUGUGCACGGGACGUUAAUUGAAAAUUGCACAACACCGUCCGGUUCCAAUGUCAAGAACCGAGACUGGCCUUCAAUCAAUUUAAAAUGUCAUCUGGACAAAACAAUCAACAAUCUAGAAAUACAUCAGUUUCAACAACAAAACACCCUUCAGCUGUUCUAAACCUGCCAACCUCAUCAAGCAGAAAUCAAAAUUUCGCCUCAACGUAGAAAUAAAUUGUAUACCUGCUCUUAUGUAGUGUGUAGUACCGUCGUCCAAUCUAAAAGUAAUUGCCUUCAUAUAGUGUAAUAGUAAUAAUAAAAUUUCUGUAAAUUCCUUAUGGUCCAAAUGCAAAUAGAAA